CGUGGUGGUGGAGGUGGUGGUUGUGUUAGUGGUGGUGGUGGACCAUAUCAAACCGGACAACAAAGGGACGCACAAGAGGGGGGGGGCUCACUGCAGCCUGGACAGCCUCACACGUUACUUCCAUCCAGUGUCAGCGAAAACGCUCACUGAUCACUUUUUUUUUUUCUCAUAUAGAGGUAAAUAAACACUGUCACACUGGAGGUUACCGUGACAGAAGCGUUAAUUGCUCGCGUGGAUAGUACAGCCGUACUGGUGAGCCUGGGUAGUCAGAUGGACAUGGAGCAUUUCGACGAGCGGGACAAAGGUCAGAGGCACAGCCGCUCCAGUGUCAAGAUGAACGGGGUUCUGAGUCCCACGCACAGCGCCCACUGCAGCCUGUACCGGACCCGGACCCUGAAGACCCUGAGCGCGGAGAAGAGGGCCAAGAAGGUCCGCUUCUACCGCAACGGAGACCGGUACUUCAACGGGAUUGUGUACGCCAUCUCCAUGGACCGGUUCCGGACCUUUGACGCGCUGCUGGCGGACCUGACCCGCUCCCUGUCCGACAACGUCAACCUGCCCCAGGGCGUCCGGACCAUCUACACCCUGGACGGGUCCAAGAGGAUCACCUGCAUCGACCAGUUAGUAGAGGGUGACAGCUAUGUGUGCAGCUCUAUUGAAGCUUACAAAAAGUUGGAUUACACAAAAAACGUCAAUCCAAACUGGUCGGUGAACGUCAAGGCCGCGGCGUCCUCCUCCCGCGGGCCUCCUUCGCUGGGCAGUGCCAAGGCCAACAUAUGUGACGGCCGUGAAAAUAAAGAUUUCAUCCGUCCGAAGCUUGUGACGAUAGUGCGGAGUGGUGUGAAGCCUCGCAAAGCUGUUAGGAUCCUGUUGAACAAGAAAACAGCCCAUUCCUACGAACAAGUCCUGACCGACAUCACCGAUGCCAUCAAGCUUGACUCAGGAGUGGUGAAGAAGAUCUACACACUGGAGGGCAAGCUGGUGAUGUGUCUGCAAGACUUUUUUGGCGAUGAGGAUAUUUUUGUGGCAUGUGGACCGGAGAAGUUCCGCUACCAAGACGACUUGAUGCUGGAUGAGAGUGAGUGUCGUAUGAUGAAGUCAGUGACCUAUGGGAAGAUGUCUAACUCUCUAAAUCGAAGUUCUCCCAAGACCGUUGUCCAAUUACGGCGCUGCAAGUCCCCUGCAUCUGUAAACGGGACGCCGGCCAGUCAGCUGUCCACUCCUCAUUCGGGAAAAUCUCCCAGCCCCUCCCCAACCAGCCCGGGAAGCCUCAGCCAACGCCGGGGGUCCCAGGGCUCUUCCAGCUCUCUGUCUUCUGCAAAAGUGUCCAACUCAGUGGAGGAUGGAGAUGGGCCUGUUACUGAAGCUGAGGUUCCGGUUGAUGAGGUUCCAGCUGUGCCGUCCUACAUAUCAGACCGCUACAAGGUCGGUCGCAUGUUAGGUGAUGGGAACUUUGCGGUCGUCCGGGAAUGUGUAGAGCACUCCACAGGCAGGGAGUACGCUCUGAAGAUUAUUAACAAGGGCAAAUGCAGGGGCAAGGAACAUAUGAUCCAGAAUGAGGUGGCAAUCCUCCGCAGGGUCAAACACCCAAACAUCGUCCUGCUCAUUGAGGAGGUGGACACUUACAAUGAACUCUAUCUGGUUAUGGAACUGGUCAAGGGUGGAGAUCUAUUCGAUGCCAUCACCUCAGCCAACAGAUACACAGAGAGAGACGCCAGCGGAAUGCUUUACAACCUGGCCAACGCUAUUAAAUACCUCCACAGCCUCAACAUCGUGCACAGAGACAUCAAACCUGAAAACCUUCUGGUGUAUGAGCAUGCAGAUGGCAGCAAGAGCCUGAAACUGGGAGACUUUGGCUUAGCAACCGUGGUGGAUGGACCCCUCUACACUGUCUGCGGGACCCCGACAUAUGUAGCACCUGAAAUCAUUGCAGAAACAGGAUAUGGCCUUAAGGUGGACAUCUGGGCAGCAGGAGUCAUCACCUACAUCCUGCUGUGUGGUUUCCCUCCGUUUAGAGGGAGCAGCGAUGACCAAGAAGUGCUCUUUGACCAGAUACUUAUGGGACAGCUUGAGUUUCCUCUGCCGUACUGGGACAAUGUGUCAGAAACAGCCAAGGAGCUGAUCCGAUCCAUGCUGGAGGUGGAGGUAGAUCAGAGAUACACUGCCCUUCAAGUGCUAGAGCACCCCUGGGUCACUGAUGAAGGUCUAUGUGAGAACGAUCACCAGUUGUCAGUAGCAGGAAAGAUUAAGAAGCACUUCAACACCAAUCCGAAGGUCAAUGACACGACUGCCGGAGUGUCGGUCAUCUCUCUGGAUGACAGCUUUUCUAUGCAGAGAUCUGGGUCGUUGGAUUUCUACCAGCACCCGGCCAUGUACUGGAUAAGGCCACCUCUCUUGAUAAGGCGGGGCAGGUUCUCAGACGAGGACGCCACCCGGAUGUGAAGCUGCUGCCUUUGCAGAUAAUGACGACAGUAACAACAUCAACAACCAAAACCCUACGGGCAGCGCCACCCAGUUGCCUCCCUGGCCUGCCCACGGCCCCUCCCUCUCCGACCCCCGACACUUGC